AUGGACGACAAACACCUCGAGGCGCGCCCAACGUCCAUCGUCGACAAGGACGACAUCGCCGCGGCAAAGGGCGAGCACGUUGAAGAGAUUGGCCACGCCGCGACGGCAGAAGAUCACGAGGAAACUGUUUUCCAAGCCAUCAAGAACCAGCCGUGGGCGUUUGCGUGGUGUAUUUAUGCCAUCUAUAUCCUCAUCCUCACGAGCUUUGAUAACCAGGCGGGUGGAACGGUCAUUGGAAUCCCUCAGUUCCGCAAGGAUUUCGGUUCCGAAUUCAAUGGCAACUAUGUUCUCCCCGCCAAGUGGCAAUCGGCUUACAGCGGAGCACCUGUCGCCUCUGCCGUCGUUGGAUCCCUCGGUGCUGGCUGGGUGGCUGACCGCAUCGGCCGCAAGUGGACCUACUUCAUCAGUUUUUGUUUACUAUUUGCCGGCAUCACUUUAGAGGUAGUGGCCACUACCAACGAGAUCUUCUUCGCGGGCAAGUUUGUUGCCGGAUUCCCCAUCGGCGCCUUCAUCACAGUCAGCAUGACAUACAUUGGCGAGAUCGCGCCCUUGGCUCUUCGCGGCAUCUUGACCGCCGCUGCGGCCAUCGCCUUCACAAUUGGCCCAUUCAUCGUCUCUCUGGUUGUCAACGAGACUGGAACUCGAACCGACCGCUGGGCUUAUCGCACGAUCUUUGUGUCGCAGUAUGGCGUUAGCGGAGUUGGUGCUCUAUUGCUGUUCUUCAUGCCGGAAUCGCCAUGGUGGUUGGUCAAUCAGGGCAAGAUGCAGAAGGCUGCAAAGUCUCUAAGUCGUCUUGGCUACGAUGCCGUCCAGGUCGAGAAGCGUCUUUCUAUCAUUACUCUCACCCUCGCUGAGGUUCGCAAGGAGACCGACGGCGCCAGUUUUGCCGAGUGCUUCCGCAAGUCCAACCUUCGCCGCACCAUCAUCUCUGUCGCGCCCUUAAGCAUCCAGGCUCUAUGCGGUGUUUUCUUUGUUGCAUCAUACUCUACCUACUACCAGCAAUUGGCCGGCUACAGCACCAAGGAGAGUUUUACGCUGGCUAUUGUGCAGCAGGUCAUGUCCAUGCUCGGCAAUGUCACCGCAUGGUUCCUCAUUGAUCGAAUUGGUCGCCGUGGUCUCACUCUCUGGGGAAUGUGCACUCUGACAGUCCUUCUCAUGAUUACCGGUGGUCUUGCGGUCGCUGCAACACCUGGUGCCGUCAAGGGAACCGUCGCACUGCUGCUGGUGUACUGCUAUAUCUACAACGUCACCAUUGGAGCCACAGCAUAUUCCCUCCUGACCGAGGUCGCAACUUCGCGUCUCCGUGCUAAGACUGCUUCUAUGGCACUGGCUCUGCAAAACAGUCUCUUCACCAUGUGGGCGUUUGUUAUCCCCUUCCUUUUCAAUCCCGACCAAGCCAACCUCGGUGCCAAGGUUGCCUUCAUCUUCGGUGGCUUUUCCAUUUUGUCCACUGUCUACCUCUGUUUUUACCAACCUGAGGUUGCUGGCCGGUCUUACGAGGAGCUUGAUGAGAUGUUCAUCAAGCAGGUCCCAGCACGCAAGUUCAAGGGCUAUAAGACAGAAGUGCAGGAGAAGAGCCAGAGGGCGGUUGCGGAACAGCAAUGA